AUGGCAUUAGACUCAAACAAACAUGAAGGUGCUAGCUCUACUACACCUGACCAAGUUGACAGACAGCAGGUGCCGAAUGGGAGCAGCGACGACAGAGCCAAACGACACCCUCGAUGGACCAGGCACGAGACGUUUGUCCUCAUAGAGGGCAAGAAGGUCGUGGAGAAUGCGGUUCAGAAGGGCCGCAGCAGAUCUUCUUCAGCCUUGGGGUCCGACCAUUUUGAACCAAAGUGGGAUCUGGUCUCAUCAUACUGUAAGCAGCGAGGUGUGAGCAGAGAGCCAGUUCAGUGCAGGAAAAGAUGGAGCAAUCUUCUUGUUGAUUUCAAGAAAAUCAGGAACUGGGAGUCACAGAUAAAAGGAGCGGCUGAGUCUUUUUGGGUGAUGAGAAAUGAUGUGAGGAAGGAGAGGAAGCUUCCCGGUUUCUUCGAUCGGGAAGUUCGGUGGGUGAGAAAAUAG